ACCCUAAAUGUUUUGGGCUCCCAGAAGCUGAGUGAGCUCAGAGAUGCCAUCUGCUGUGUCAGUGAUCUGCAGGUGUUUUGAGAAUUCAGCAACAAUAUGGAUGCGGUGCCGCAAUACGUCAGCAAAGAUCAUUACAAGUCGGCUUUCUUUUUCUUCAAUGGCACUUUCUACAAUGACAUGCGCUUCCCAGAAUGCAGGGACAUCAGCACGACCACAAUAGAGUGGGCCAAAAGCAGAGACUUCCCAGAUUUCAAAUCCGCAAAGAUGGAGGAUACGUGUUUUUACGACCUGAAGAUGAAAUUGGGAUUCCCGUUUUACUACACACACCAGGGUGACUGUGAACACGUUGUUGUCCUCACUGAUGUCAGACUGGUCCAUAAGGACGAUUGUUUGGAUCAGAAACUCUACCCGCUCAUCACUUACAAGCACAGGGUUGUGACCCGGAAGUGCUCAGUGUGUCAUACCUACAUCAGCAGAUGGGUCACAACUAAUGAUGCUUUGGCCCCCACAGACCCCUGUCUGUUUUGUGACCAGUGCUUUCGAUUGCUUCAUUACGAUGAUAAAAAUAACAAAAUAGGAGAUUUCCUGGCCUAUGCCUAUGUUGAUCCUGGCACCUUUAACUGAUUCUUGUCUUUAAGAGGAGAAGUGGUCUGCAGAUGCCUAAUGUCUUUGGAAAUAUAUUGUGACAUUUCCAUAAUGUUUAACAUGACGUUCAACAAUGUUAACACGGAGAGCAUUUGUUCUGUUAAAUGGCUCUGUACUUUAGAACUUUAUAUAAAAUAUGAUACAUUUAGUUUUUGAUAAUUAUGUGAAGUUCUCCAUUUUAUUUAUUUUUUUGUAAAUAAAUGACAAACACUUGAAAUAAAAAUAAAACAUUUGCAGAAAACAGACUGUUCAUACUAGACUCCUAUGAAGAUUUUCAUGUUUAUUGGAGAUCAGAGUUCUUCAAACUUUAUUACUUUAGUUAAUGUGUGAAAGGAUUCAUGAAGGGCAGCAUAAGACUGUAACGCCAGUAAUGAUUCCACUUUUGUUCGUUUCUCUAUGAAAGUCUUCUUGAUUGAGUUUCAGAUGCUGUUAAACUGCACUAAGAUGAGCUUAAUGUCAUAUUAGUCUGUGUUGUGUACUGAUCUACAUUUGUGUUUAUCAAGCUGUUACAUUCACCUGCUUCUGCUGAUAAAUCAAGAGUCCAAAAAAAUAAAGACAUGAAUGAAUGAAUGACUCACUUCACCUGCCAAGCAAAUUUAUUAAAUAA